CGAUUACUUACAUGAGUGAUAAACCAGAGAACGACAGCAGUUCCCUACCUGUUCGUUUUUGGGGUCUGAAUCCCCUAUUUUGGACUCACAUAAAAUUGUUUGUGAAGGAGGUGCAGAGUUUGAAGGAAUACACUGGUUAUAAAGGUAAGCUCACUGAACAGGGACAUUCAAUGACGAAUGUGGAUUGCAUUUUCUCUUUACCUGAUCCAGAAAAUGAAUUUCAGUCACUAAGAUUCUGAGAUUCCAACAGUUUUAUUUGGUUUGAAAUUGCAUGAUGCUUUAUGUGGUGCUGUGAACCCUUUCAUUCUCAAUAUCUCACUGGUAUAGUAAUUCUUCUUACUGUCUACCAUACAUUUCAUAUGAUGUUAGUUUAGAGAAUUUGGUAUUAUAUCAACUGAGGAUCCUCUAAUUGAUAUUUUUCUUUAUUCUCAUCACUUGUCAGCUUGAUUUUGUAUUGAUACUGUAAGGAGAAAAUCUGUCUUGGUCACUCCUGGGGGUGAAAAGGCUGUGCUUUGCAUUAGUGCCAAAAGCAAGAAUUGAUAAAACUCUAUUAAUAACUGGGCUCAAUAAGAUAUCUUUGUGUUAUUUUUCUUUUUUUAUUAUUUAUAUGAAUAUCAAAAGACAAAUAUGUUAAAAUACUCAUGAGGUUCCUUCAAAAACUUUAGCAUAUUGAAGACCAUGGAAUUCAAAUCCAUAUCAAUUUCCAGACCAAAACAACCCAAACAUCAUACUGUUUAGAGCAGCACAUACCUAUGUAGCUAAUAAAUUAUAUGAGAUUUACCCCUUUCAGGUAUAUCAUUAAUAAUCUUCCUCAUCAACCCCCAACUUCUGCCAAGAGGGAUAGAGACAUAUUGGUUUAACCUUUUGCAUGCCAGACUCCGGUCCCAGUUGUUUGAAAACCAGUUAGGGCUAAUCCAGGGUUUAAUUUUAAUCCAAGUUUCUAUAUUUCUCUGUUCAAAUGCUGUUUGGGGAUAAUGUUCCUAAUUCUUUUCAUUUAGAGCAUUCAAUCAAAAAAUUGUACACAAAUGGCCUUCAACUGAAUUUCUUUUAAAGCUUUCAGAUCUGAAAUCAAAUUUCACACUAACCCUAGGUUAUCUUAACCCAGCUCUCAACAACCUGGCCCAGGGAAAGAGAAUAUAGGUAUUAACUUUCUAAAGAACUGCGGUGCUGCAUCAGAGGGAGGUAUAACAAAAUACUGUGGUUUUAUCAAUUGGGUUGAUAAUGUGAAUUGGCCAAAGAAGUUAAGCCUUAGAAAUCCUUUACUGUGCCCAAUUUACAUCAUCAUCAACUCAGUUGAUAAAACCAAAUUAUCCAGGGAAUGGGGUUUGAGCUCAAGCCCUGAUGGAGACAUUGUAUUGUGUUCUUUGAGAGGACACUUCACUCUCCGAGUGCAUCUCUCUACUUGGGAAUGUGACUGGGAAUUGGUAAACAUUCAGCAAAACCAGACAAAAUGUUGGAUGGUACCCUGCGAGGGAGCUAGCAUCCCAUCUGGCAGUACUAAUCAGAGGGUCUCCCAUACCCCUGUGUAAAACACAUUCAUGUAAAAAUAUUUGGCCUCUCAGGCAUCACCAUAAUAUCCAAAAUUCUUCAACUUUCACACAAAAUUUGAGAUGAUUACAUUUCACAUUACAAUAAAAAAACAAAUUCACGAAUUAAUUGUUUACAUUUCCUACUCUUGACCAGUCUUAAUAAACAACAUAAGAUGAUGUAAUGUCUUAUCUUAUUGUUUCAAGAACCAUUUGUGGUCUGUUUUAUAACUUUUAUCAAUCCAUGUGAAUAAAGUAGUCAGAAAUUCAUCAUGCCAAACAAAAUUGCUCAUGAAUCAGGUUUAAAUCAGCUCUUCAUUUACAGGUAUCAAUUAAAUAAAAAAUUUGUUCACUUGGGCAUGAAUAAAGAAAAAGUGAAAUCCUGAUUCACCAGAAAGACAAUCAACCAAUCACUCUUAACCUUAGGCAUUAUUCUGAGUACUUUCAUAUGAAUUUAUCAAUCAAUGAAUUUAUUACAGUAACCCAGACAACAAUUGACCAUUUCCCAUAGGAGGAUUUAAGUAAAUUAGAAAAUCUCUCUGCAAAAGAUAUUCGAUAACUUAAUCGACAGUUUUGUUUAAAGUUUAACACAAUUUCUACAAGUUUUCCAUUUGUUUGUUUUUCUUGGAAAUUUCAUUGUGUUUUCCAAGUCAGUCUGUAAUCAUACCUGUGAUGAACAAAACAUGCACCCACCUAGUGGUAUUGGUUGCUAGAUUCUGUUUAAUUAUAUGUAUUGCCACAACCCAAUUGGACACCCCUUACUCCUAAUACUAAAGUAAAAUGACGUCUCUGGUUUAAUAUACUUUUGUCAAUUUUCUGCAAUUUUUAACCCUGUAACUCCCAAGAUCUGAAUGUUAAUUCUCCCCUGUAGCUGCUUAACAUUUCCUUGUAAAUUAGUUAUGAGAACUUGAUGCUAGAUCAAGAUAGCAGCUUCUACCUGACAAGUUUGAAUAUUCUCAUUACCUGUUUGCUGAAGAAUGUAUGGAUAUUGUAGGGAGAAGUUUUAUGUUAAUCACUUCUGGGAGUUAAAGGGUUACGGGUAGACUAUGGAAUUUGGAUAUUUUGUACAUUUUUUAAAAAUAUAUGGAAAAUGGGUGCAAGGUUUAUAUCUGUUGAAAGUUCAUUUCUUCCCAUUCUUUCAUUGCUGAUAUGAAGUUAUCAUAACCUGCUCUUGCAUCUUCUCCUGGUCUCUGGAGGUAUCUCAAGGGAAAUUUACGAAUGGCAGACACUUUGCUUGCAAUUGAAUGCAAGUGGUCCGUACUGCAAUUUGCAAACAGGUUCAGUUCUGGGAUGAAAUAGUGAGGACAUGAGCAAGUCAGCAAAGAAUGUAACAAAUCAUCCACCAAACCCAGAAAGCACAAUGCAACAUUCUCAUCUGACCAUCUGUCUGGUGGGUACCUUUCACUCGCCCAGAGAAGGAGAGUCUUCAAGUGAUAAGUUGUAACAAGCUUGCAAGUUGAGGUAAUAUUUUCUUUGAUGGCCAUUUUGAACAUGCGGUAACAGUAGUUUCUGUUUCCAAGACCCUUGGCUCUCAUCAGUUUUCCUUCAGCUGUGGAGAAAGAGAUGCGCCACUCAAGUUCUUCAUUGCCUCCUAGAGAUGCCUUUGGCACAAGAUAAAAGCCUCCUUGGACAAUUUCUUGCACCAGAUCCUGCGGAGGCCAAGCUCUUUUUCUUUCCAACCAUUCCUGGCAGCAUUUUGGCCAGCUGGUAAACUUAAUUGCAGGAACCAAGUCAAACGAUAAUGACAGCUCUCCUUCCUCAAAUGUCUCAUCAAUUUGAACAGCUGGCCCAUGAGGUGCUACUUUCAUUUCAAAAUCUUCAUUUCCUGGUGUUUUAUUGUCAACCACAUCCGAAAACAUCUCGAGGUCAUAAAUUAUUUGAUAAAUCUCGCUUCUGAACUUUGCAGCAGACAGGUAGCACUUGGAAUUUCUAAAUGUCGUUAGCUUUAACAAAUCUUCCUCACUGUCAUCUGAGAAUGAAGGAACCUUCACAAAAUAAUAUCCUGGGUAUUUCGUUUCGGCAAUGCACUGGUCCUGAUCUUCAAGUCCCAAAGCAGUAUGCGAUACACUCAUCAUGAUAUCAUACUCAGGAUUGACAUGUACCACACUGAUGUUAUCCUCAUAGCUUACUUCCGGGACUUGUGCUAUUUCAACCGAGCUUCCAGUCAAGUCAAACUGCCAUUUCAACCAAGACAUGCUAGGGCUAUCCUGCAAAACUACUUUUAGUAAAGUUUCGAAUGUUGCUAUGUAUUGAAACUGGCUUAUGACGUAAUUCCAGUUUUGAUCCAAACAAACAAGAAAUGUCUCUACAAGUCUUUCUUGUAGUUCUCCGAGAUCAAGACCAGAAACAAAGUCUGUAACUUUCAGUGCUCUACUUGCAGCUCCGUGCAGAUUUUCCGUUGUUACUAAAACACUUCGGCUUUGUUCUUCACUAAGAGCCUCAAUUUCCUCUCGACUACAAAAUCCAGAGUCGGUAAUAUACUUCUCGAAAGCUUUAUUGGCGUCAACGUAUGAAAUGGCAUGCUUUCUCCUCGUGUAUGGAUCGUCUAAUCCUUCGGCAAACUUUACCAAAAACCGGAAGGGAUUUUCACUUGAUUCGCUAAACCAAAUCAAAUCAUUUACUUCGAAUUCCCACUCCAUAAGAUAACGAAAAUAAUUCCUAAACACUGGUUGAAUUGGGCUUUCUCGACAAUGGGUUUGAAGUCUCCCUUUUACGUUUCCAUUAAUCAACAAUCUCGUAUAACCCCGCCAUCUUGAAGUAACGCGUUCCGAGGGGGACUGGUUCGGGUAUGUUGAGAAGAUUGAAGCGAUAGCGUUGACCAAGAUGCACUAUAUAGCGUUCACAGUACGGUAUAAUUUUUCCAAGAAAUGAACUAAUGUGUGUUUCCAAUUAUUUGACAUGAAAGACUCAUAAUAAAAUUGACUUGUUAGUUUUCACGUUGACCAACUUUCAGUGACGCUUCCUCUUGCUCUCAAAUUGGUCUUGCUGAAUUUUAGCUUGCAUGACUGGUGCAGCAUAGUACCAAACCUUUGAGUGGGAGAACCUCCCCUUAGGAGGGAUCAUGUGAAGUGAACCACUCCUCCUGUCAGCUAUGUGAGUUUGUGCUGGUUAAUUUUCAAAGCAAUAUUGGUCAGAAAAUGGUGUAAGCUUAUUAUGGUUGUGAAUUAUGUAUGAUUUUCAGCAGAACCAUGAUUUUUCCUUCAGCUAAAGUAAAAAAUUUGAAUGGUAGAGAAAAAGAAGUGAUCAAAAUAUGACAUGAGAGUAUCCACCCACCCCCCCCCCCAUGGAACCAUUACUCAGAUGUUACUAAUACAGUUUUAGGAUGAGUAUGUUCUCCUGAUGUCGCUCAUGUGUUUUGUUCAGCAUCUGAGUCAAAGUUGUUCCAUAGUUUGAACUCCUGGCAGAGCUAGGCUGGAAGAACAAAUGUGCUAUUUUAAUUCUAUUCACUGCAAUGCUGAGCAUUAAAUUUACUUAACUGAAACAAAUUAUGCUUAACAGAAGUUCUUGUUUGAACUUUGUAUUUUACCUUUUUUUGUUUAAAAAAAAAGGAAACCUCAAGUAUGUGUUUCAUUCCUGUAUCAACAAAAGCAAUAUUGUUUUAUUCAGGUAUGUACAGGUAUCCAAACAAUUAUCCAGUGGUAAGGGUGGAAAUUAGUGGAUACAUAGUUAGCAUAGAUUCAAGGGAAAAGCUAACAACCUAUGGAGGUAAGUCAAUUUUGAUGGUUAUCAAACUAAAAAUUAUACUAGACAUCUUUUUUGUAUGCAUUGAAGAAAAUUUCAACUGAGUAUCAAAAGGUAUUCCAAAUUACUUUUUUUCCCUUCAUUUUGCCCUGUGAUUGGUCAAAAAAUUCACUCCAUCCUUUUAACCAAUUAGAUUCAAAAGUAAGCCAAUCACAACCACUCAUUCUGGUCACUCAUUUUUUCCCAAGUUCUAUGCAGCUUACUUGUUUUUACUUUUAAUUAUGUUCUUUUUAGUCUUUUGUAGUAUUUUCUUUUCCUUUGACUUACUGUUCUGAUUACUUUGGGUUUGUUUUUAAGACACAAAAUCAGUAUGCCCUCUUUCGUCCACUCUUGGGGUCAAAAAAGAUGUAAUAUUUGAUGUAGCACAACUAUUCAAAAAAAGAAUUGUAAACUAGAUAUAGAAAAAUGGUAAUAUUGUUAUUUAUAAUUUCUUUUUUUAUAUAGAUACUGAUGAAAUACCAGGAUUUUUCCUUUUAUUAAAAAAUCAUAUCUUCAUUGCACGCAGUGAAGAUACUAUUUUUAUCUUUCACAUGUGAGGAUAUUGCUGUCGCCAUGAUUACUAACAUGAUUAGCCAAUUACAAGAGAGCUUCAUUAGAAUUUUGAUGUUUUGGAACAGAAAAUAUAAGUAUUAUCAUCUUUAUUUCUCCUUUAUAACUUUAUACCCAAGUUUCAUAACAUUUUUGUGAAAGGCAUUUUGCAAUAGAUGACCACUUUAAUUGCACUAUUUUGCUGUUUCAAAAAUGAAUUUUAAAAAUUGUCUUUUAUGUAGAAAUUUCAUCAAUAUUUAUUAAAUAAACAGAACAUUACAUGGCCACUUGAAUAUAUGAAUUUUAUCUUCGUUCAUUAAAAUUCAUAUCCCCAUGUGGCCAUGUAACAUCCUCGAUGUUUUGAUUGUCUAUAAGACAUUUUUGGCGACCCCUUCACUACAAAAAUGUGGUAAAAGACAAAAUGGAAACACUUUUGAAGCAUAAUAACUUUCUUUGUUAGAUAUUAAUAGGAAUUCGGUGGGAGGAAAAUAAUAUCUUGUCCACAUGGGUAGUCAAUCAGAGCACAGGAUUUGCCCUGGAUAGCUCAUAGCUAUAUGAUUUUUGAAUAGUUAAACACUAGGUUCAAACACAUUUUUGAUGAAAUGGCAAAGGAAUAUGUUAUUGAUUAUUCCACCUCUCUGUUUUGGAACAAAGACUUGCUCCUUUCUGCCUCUCUUGGUCCUUGCUGGAAUCAUGAUUCCUACCCCAUCAUUCAUCAUAGCAAAAUGAGGUUGUUGACAAUAACCUUUUAUUCAUUUUCAUGACAAACUAUGUAGUUGAUGAUGGGAGUGGCACAAUUUCCUGUUGUAAGUGGCAUUCUCAAGAUCUGAGCACAGGGCAAGAAUCCUACGACCUUGGUCAGCUGGUGACAGUGCAAGGAAAGAUUUCUGUUUUCAGAGAGCAGAGGCAACUCACUAUUGAUCUGAUCUGUAUCCAAACAUUUUAUCUAUUAAACUAUACUGUUGUUUUGCAUCAUGCAUGUGGUAUGAGAGACAAUUAAAUUAGGUGCAGUAAGACAACAUACAUUCAAGGAGUUUCAAGGACUAAUUAUUGGCUGCCGCUGAUGGUCAAAUAAGGUAACAGUAAAGACUGUACUCCAGCCUAUUGGCCCAUGCAGACAGGGCUUAUCUUGGUUUCCAAGUAGCAUAAAGUGAUCAGGAGUAUUACAACUCCACCCUGUAUGAGUCCAUUGCAAGGUUACCAAAGAUUUUUUUAUGACCAGCAAAGUGCUAUAUAGCAUUAUCAUAGAAGUUAUUGAUAUCCCCUGAUUCAUGAGAUAAAUAUGUACUUUUCCUCUCCCACCAUAUCAAGUGGAUGGUUAUUAUGUUCAAGUUACACUUAAUUUUUUUCCUGGGUUUGUAAGCUCUUUCAAACUAUUGAAGAACCUGAAAAUACUCUUCCAAAUAAAUCUUAUCAAGGGUCAUUACAUUAAAUAAGGUUCUUGAAUAACUGUCUUGUCAAAAAGCUUCAUGCAGUUAAUAGCAACAACCUGGUAAUGUUUGCCACUAGUCCUGGAAUAGAUCAGAUGCUAUUGUGGGAGGGAAAUCAGAGAACAAUUUACUUACCAGAUAAAUGGUGACAGGAAAAUCUGACAGUUUGGCACCCCAUGAUUUGCAUAUUUCAAUCUCUAGUCUUCACUUUGUGACAAAACCAAGUUUGCACAUGAGGAAGCCAUUUUGGAACAGUUAAUAUAUAAAUGACAACACUUAACUGUGAUCAGAUCCAGAGAAAGACCCCAAUGCUGAAGUCCUCUUCUGGCUAGAAGCAGUCAAUCUUGGCAACACAGUUUACAGAGAACCAUUCACUCCUUCACUCAAAGAUUUUCAAACAGAAAAUAGCUCUGUAUCAAAGGAAACAGAACUGAAAAAAGCUAUUUUGACACACAUUAAGGAAAAUAAGAUUGUAACAUUCCAGUUUCAGACCUUAUGCUUUGAGCCUGAUAUACAACAACUGGCAAGGGAGGCAGCAAAGCAAAAAUGUACCAGUGAGGUAAGUUUAACCCUUUGACUCCUAAGGGUGACUAGCAUCUAAUUUCUCCUUACAGUAUCUCCACUGAUCUAAGAUUAUGAGUAUUAAGACUGAUAAAAGGAAAUGAUCACCAACUAAAGUAGCUCUGGACCAUUAAACAAAUUCUCCUUGUCAGCACCUUGGGAAAUGUAUAGAGAACAGUAUGGAGAAUAUGCCUACUGAUGUUAGGCAACAAUUACAUGAUCCUUAAUUAUUUUAGAUAGCAUUGGUUUCGCUUUAGUUUAGUUUAGUUUAGUUUUUCCUUGUAAUUGGUUGAGAAAGCUUGUACCAUUCUAUCAACCAAUCAAAUGGGAACAUGGUGUACUUAGCAUUUUUAUCACAAUGCCUCUUUUAUUUGCACUCUCAUUGGCUCAUAAUGGCUUGUAUACUUUGAACUUCUUCAUUAAGAAACUUUCCUUGGUUUAUUGAGUACAGUGACCUCUUUGCUAAAGGACACCCUCAUCAACAAAAAUCGGACCUUUUAAGAACAACAGAACAACAAAGAUUGGUUUUGUCAAAUCUCCAUUUUUCUGCAAGAAAGCAAGCUGUCUGUUCUUCUGAUAUUAAUCCUUUAACCCCUAAGAAUGACUAACAUCUAAUUUCUCCUUACAAUACAAUGCCUAGCUCAAACAUUAAGGUCAUGAGAAUAAAGGAAAUGAUCACCCACUAAGAAGCUCUUGAUUGUUGUAAAAAUACUCCUUGGCAUCACCUAGGGAAAUGAAUAGAAAACAGUAUGGAGAAUUUGUAUGCUGAUGUUAGGGUUCAUAGAGUUAAAGAGAGACUGACAUAUGACUCUCCAUAAGUGGACAUCCACCCUAUUUUUUCUUUAGUGUCCUCUUGUAGGAUAAUUCUUGAGAGCCGACAGUUAUACUGAUGGCCACUUUUUCCAAUUUCUGAGGAUGGCUUUUCAAGAGAGCUGACUGUAUUUGAUUUGUACACAGUGUUCAAAUUAAUGGCCAAGGUUUUAAAUUCAAAAAAAUAAUAAUUUGACCUAAACAGGGGUUUUAAAACAAGCUGGUGAUUGCCAGAGUCCAGGUAAAUAAAACUAAGUAUAAAACUCAAGUCCUACUUGAUCUCAUGUCAACAGUUACACUGGUCAAAAUAAUCACCUUAGUGAACUUUUCCCAAUCCCCUACUUUUGCAGAGUCUGACGCCUACUUCAAAACAUUUUGAGAGUCCCACUUUUACUUUGCUAAGGGUACAAAAGCUGGCUGUUACGUUAAACUGUGGGACCCCAAAUUCCAGUUAAUAAUGGAUUUCUGAACUCCACUUUCUGACACAAUAGUGAAUGUCUCACAAUCUUUUCUUAGCUGAAAUAUUUUUUCUCUCUUUUCAUUCUCUUUCAGGAGGAAGCCAAAAUAUGGAAUGAUUCUCAUGAAGCAAAGAAAGUUAUUAGACAUAUAAUCAAAGAUCUUGAGAAAGAUGGCUUGGUGUAUCUUAAAGACUCGAGAAGAGAUCUUUACCAGGUACUUAAUAUGCACCUCCAUUGUACACAAGGGAGCUUGAAAAUCAGAGAAUAUUCUGGCUGUUAUCUGUCCAUACUUGAUGUGCCCCUCCAUUGUAUACAAGGGAGCUUGAAAAUCAGAGAAUAUUCUGGCUGUUACUUGUCCAUACUUGAUAUGCACCUCUGUAGUAUACAAGGGAGCUUGAAAAUCAGAGAAUAUUUUGGCUGUUACCUGUCCAUACUUGAUAUGCACCUCUGUUAUGUAUAAGGAGCUUGAAAAUCAAAGAAUAUUCUGGCUGCCAGAGUUUUCAAUGACUUUGUAGUUUUUGGUCUUCUUUCUUAUUGUACCUCAUGUUCAUAAUUAUUUUUUGUAGGUUAUAAGUCAUGAACACAAUCUUGGAUCAGCAAUUUUAAAGGCAAUGAGCAAAAUUGCAGGUAAACUUCAAGAUAGAGAAUUUACCCAAUCCCUUCCUAUUCAUAAUACCUGCCUGGCUGGCCUGAUGGUCAGUGGGUCACUACAUCAUUCAAUCAACAUCUGCUUCUGACCCAGUAAUUUCAUCAUUUAGCUAGCCAGUUAAUGACCUGAGUGUCAGUGAAUCAGUCAGUCAGUGAGUCAUUCAGUUAGUCUCUCAGUGAUUCAGUUAGUUGGUCAGUCAGCAGUUUUGGCUGGAGUACUUACCACUUAAGAAGUCACAGCAACAGUUAUGACCAUGAUACCCAUUGAAAUGAAGUUUGCUUCUUUGUCUUUUAGGACCAUCAGGUUUCUCAAUCUCUAAAUGGGCCAUUAUAGAUGUCCUUCAUUCCUCAAACAAGUUUCAACAUGUAACAAUGAAACAGGUUGAGGAAUCACUUGACAAACUUCUACAGAACAGUGAUGUUUACAAACAGAGUGAGAAUGAAUACUGCUUAGUGUAACAGUCAUAGAAAGUUCAUCCAAUACUUAGCUGUUUCAUUGAUACCACUUAAAAGAAAUAUGCUGGUCUAGACAGUUUUUUUUAAGCACAAUGAUUUUAAGCCAUGCCAGUGAACAGAUGGUAUUCAAACAACUUAGUUAUUGAGUUUGUAAACAACAGAGAGACUAAUUGCCCUGCAAACAAAGUUAGAGAGAACAAAGAAUACAUGAUAAGGUCCUGUUUAUUUAUAACUGUCAAGGAUACAUACAGAAGGACAGGUUUUUUGGUAUGUUUGGUUGAGUUUUUGUUAUGAAUGUACAAUACUGAGUAAACCAUGAAACUGC